AUGUUUGAAGCUUUAAACCAACCAGUAAUGUCGUAUUUUGAAGUGAAGAUGCAAGAAUACAAAUCCAAAAAAGAUUUAUCUGUGGAGGUUGUGAAAACGUUGAAAUCAUUUAAUGUUAUGAAAAUCGAAAAAUCAACCUUUCCUAAUAUGGAUUUUGUGCACAGCUUUUUGUCAUUUCAAAAUAACACAGACCUACCGGGAGGUUGGUAUAACAGCUACAUUGUGGCGCCCAAUAUUCGAGAGACGAUGGAUGAAUGCAAUGUGUGCAAUUCAGUGAUUGUCAAAUGUUUUGGUCAUUUUCUGGACUUAAGCCGGAUUCUGAAGCAUAUGCUUUUAUCACAAAAUAUUCAUUCAGUAGUUGAUCAUUCUGAGUUGGUGGUGAGGUACCAAAUGCCAAUACUAGAGAGUUUUAAAGAGAAUGUGUAA